AUGGGGGAAAAUAGUGGCACAGAUCCUUUAAUAAGUGGAACAGGGAAUGUACAAAGCAUGGAUGCUGGAAAACUAAGAGUUGUGAAAAAUGAAAUGGACCACAUGAACAUUGAUAUUUUAGGCAUUACAACUUCCUCAAGGCCCGCAUUGUCUAGCUAUGUGGCAAUAGCUUUGGGGCUUCUGACAACAAUUCUUGUGAGUUUGCUCCUGUAUCAGUGGAGUCUAUGCCAUGGUAAUUCUUAUAGUGCCUGUGCCACUUGUUCUAGCUGCCCAAACCACUGGUUGAGUUAUGAUAAGUAUUUUUAUUACUUCUCAUUGGAUAAAAAGGACUGGAAUGCUAGUCAAGAAUUUUGCUUAUCUGAAAACUCACAGCUCCUUAUGAUUAAAGAUGUUAAGGAAUUGGAACGCUUAAAAAAUCUUCUCUGUUUUAAUCUUCACUGGCUUGGCUUGAGGAAAAAUUCUCAUUGGAGAUGGGAAGAUGGAACAAUCCUAAACGUCUCAAGGAUUCUUAGCAACAGCGUGAUCCAGAAAUGUGGCGCCCUUAACAAACAUGGUCUUCAAGCCUCUAGUUGUGAAGUUCCAUUACAGUGGAUUUGUAGAAAGUCUAGGCUUUAA